AUGGCUUUUUAUAGAGACCACGAGGAUGUGUGCCUCCGACGAAAGCAGCUUGCGCAAGGAGAAAAUCCCAAAUCUAUCAAGCGAAUCCUAAUAGACCGCCUACCUCUCCCACGGAAUAAUCCUCGCUUAUGUCUGGGGAAACUUGAACUGGAUGCAAUAACGGGAACUAUCGUUGAAGUCACCUAUAUGAUGAGGCGACCUUCGUCCUGUUUCGAAGGUGAUGUUCUGCAUCGGUCACGCAUCGAAGUGUCGCAAAUAAAAAGGAAAUGGAAGGUUGUCCUAAAAAAUGAGGAAGGAAUACAAGGUUGGGUCUUCAAUGAUCCUCGAUCGAGAUGGACGGUUGAUCCCAAUGACGUCGUGGUUGCCUUCAAAGUCAGUGGGAUUAGGUUUUCCAAUCAUGUGGGUCCCACUCAUUCCAACUACCGUCCGAUAGAGAGAGGCGUGCCGUCAACUGGGUUGACCUUUUGGGACUACCCCACGUGGAUCCAUUCUCUCAUCUCAUCCCUAACCGCCGUUAUGCUUAACGCCGUUCUCAAAUCCGUAUAA